AUCAGACAAAAAAUGCCCAAUGGCUGCUUUACUACAUGAUAAUUGUUAAGUGGGUUGGAUUGCCGAAUGGGUUCCGGAAGUAAUUGUCACUCAUAGUUUGUCCCUACAUAUUCAAUGAGCUACAGGAUUUGAAGCUAGAAAAUUCAAGGUCUAUCUGCCCUUCAGCAUUGUAUCUAAUCUAAUGUUCUUGAUAUUUGAUAAGAUUUUCUGUGUUUCAAUGGAAAAUCCGUGCCAUUACCUUGGCAUCAUAUUCUUCAUUUUUCUCACCAUCAAGCUUUUAACUCAUAGAAAGCAAAAUUUACCUCCAAGCCCCUUUUCUCUGCCAAUCAUUGGCCACCUUCACCUCAUCAGAAACCCGCUCUACCAGUCAUUGGCAACCUUGUUAUCAAAGUAUGGCCCUAUUUUAUAUCUCAAAGUAGGUUGCAAGCGUAUCCUUGUUAUGUGUUCUCCUUCUGCUGUCGAAGAAUGCUUCACCAAGAAUGAUAUAAUAUUUGCAAAUCGGCCUCCGACUAUGGCUGGGGAUAUUUUAACGUAUAACUACAUUAGUUACGUGUGGGCUCCUUACGGACCGCUUUGGCGGAACCUUCGCCGUCUCAGCGUUGUUGAAAUUUUCUCUUCAAACAGCGUUCAGAAGUUUUCUUCCAUACGUGAAGAAGAAGUUGGCAACUUUAUGCGUCGCUUGUUUGAAGUCUCAGCAGCUAAUGGCAGCCAAAAGGUGGACUUGAAGUACUUGUUCUGUCUUCUGACUACGAAUGUCAUGUUGAGGGUGGUAGCGGGAAAGCGUGGUGUUGAGGACGCUAAGGACAUGGAGGCAGAAAAGAUAUUCUUCCGGGAAUUUAAGAAUAUAUUUUUUCCGAGCUUGGGAACCAACAUUUGUGAUUUCUUCCCAGUUUUGAGGUGGAUUGGUUUCCAAGGGAUUGAAAAGAAUUUGAAAGAAUUGCAAAGGAGGAGAGAUGCAUACAUUCAGAAUUUAGUAGAUGGAAUUAGAUUGAAGAAGACUAGUUGUUCUGUUGACGUUCCUGUGAUAAAGGAAGAGGGAAAGAAGAAUCCUUCGCUGGUCGAAAAGCUUCUGUCUAUUCAAGAAGAAGAUCCCAAAUUCUGUUCCAAUGAAGUCAUCAAGAGCAUGGUAUUGAUGAUGUUCAUUGCAGGAACUGAAACAACAGCGGUUACAAUGGAAUGGGCAAUGGCACUCCUAUUGAAUCACCCAGAGGCUUUGCAGAAGGUGAGAGCAGAGAUCGUUAGCCAUGUUGGACAUGAGCGGCUGCUAAAUGACUCGGAUCUUGCCAAGCUUCCUUAUCUUCGUUGCGUUGUAAAUGAGACACUCAGGUUAUAUCCCCCAGCACCAGUUUUGUUGCCUCAUUGUUCAUCUGAAGAUUGCAUGGUUGGUGGUUAUGAGAUACCUAAAGGCACAACGCUGUCGGUCAAUGUUUGGGCCAUCCAUAGGGAUCCAAGUAUAUGGAAGGAGCCUACCAAGUUCAAGCCUGAGAGAUUUGAGAGAUCUUUCGAAGAGAAAGGAGUGGAAUUUCUUCCAUUUGGACUUGGAAGGAGAGCUUGUCCAGGCGCUACCAUGGGCUUGCGGUUAGUUUUGUUGGCACUAGGUGCAGCUAUACAAUGCUUUGAAUGGGAAAAGUUAGGGUCGGACAAGGUGGAUAUGACCCCAGGUACUACUGGAUUAGCUCUGUCAAAGGCUAGGCCAUUGGAGGCUCUGUGUUGUCCACGGCCUGAUUUGAUUAAACUUCUUUCCCAAUUUUAAAGUUUAGAGUUUCCAAAGAGUUUGAGAUUGUAACUAUAAGUAAGGGCUGUAGGGCUUGGCCUUCAUUAAUGAAAUAAGGUAGUGCGACUGCUAUAUAAUGAUUGCUGUUUGUUACUACUAUUUUUUU